AUGGCGAUAAGUCAGCCCUGGCCGGUGGAGGAUGUUCGUGAGACGUUUUUCUCCUAUUUCGUGGAAAAUCAGCAUGUGCAGUUGUCAUCAACCCCGGUUAUCCCCGUAGUUGAUACCAAGGUGCCUCUUAUUCAUACAUGUUUGAACCGGUUCAAGGGGACCCUUAAUGGCAGAGGGAGUCAUCGCACCUGCUUUUCGCUGAGAUGCAUUACUGUGGGUGGUGAUGACGAUGAAGUGAUUGAUCACUUCAAAAACGACACUACUUACCAUAGAUUCACAGAAGUCCUUGGAAGUUGGUCUUUUGGGGACUACUUUAAGGAGGAAGCCAUCAGGUUAUUAUUCAGUCUUCUCAACAAGAAAUACAAGUUACCUCAGUCCAGAAUAUAUGCUUCAUACUUUAGUGGUGAUACGUCCCUUGGUUUGAGUUCAGACAAUGAGUCAAAAAAUACAUUGCAGAAAUACCUAGCGGAAGAAAGAAUCAUGCCUGCCAUGUCUAAGGCUGAUUUUUGGAUGACUGGUGAAACUGGUCCCUGUGGGCCAUGCAUUGGAUUUUUCUUCGAUUGUUCGGAUAGCAAAGAUGGUGUUGGUUCCGUAAUCAACAUAAAGGAUGGCAAAUUUAUUGAGAUAAGCCGUCUUGUUUUUGUUGAGGUUCAAUAG